AUGGAUGACGAUGAUAGAGAUUCCAACGCGAGUUCCGAAAAUGACCAGAACGACCAAAACGACCAGAAUGACCAGGACGAGGUCAUGGAAGACGUAGACGAUGCCGAGGGGGACAUGGAAAACGACGAAGAAGACAACGAUGAUGAUCAGGAUGAAAACGAACGCGAAGAAACGGGAGACGAUGCGCAAGAGAAGGGCGAUGAGGCAGCAAAACAGGAAGACGCCAGAGAGCCUUCCAGAGCCGGAUCAGCUAGCGCGCGGGCAUCCCCAGAUGGCAAAGGCAAAUCACCAAUGCCGUUCUCGGAUCUUUUCCCGACCGUACGGCCAGAAGCUGUCAGGGCCCGGCUGUACGAUAUCGUCCCUACGAUGGCCGCCCCGCAGGCAACGAGCAUCAACGCCAUCGCCAUCACGCCCGACCUUAGAUACUGGAUGACUGGAGGCUCGGACGGCUACAUCCGAAAAUACGACGGCCCGGGUACAAUCAACGGUAAACAGCUCCUGACAGUUGCACAGCGGCACCCCUUUGUCGAUAGUGUCGUCAAGGCGGGCAUUUUGAUGUCAUACUGGGAGAACGAAGAACCGGGCCCACCCAACCCUAGAGGCAACGAGGAGCAUGUGCUAUCGCCCGUGUAUUCCUUGGCCGUUCACUCACAAGCAUUGUGGCUUCUAUCUGGUUUGGAGUCUGGCGGCAUCAACCUUCAGAGUGUAAGACAUGACGAAGGAAAGCGCAUCACAUGCCUGCAGCAACACACCAAUGCCGUUAGCGUCUUGACACUGUCACAAGACGAGAAGAGCGUGUUGAGCGGCAGCUGGGAUAAGAACAUCUACGACUGGGAUCUGAAUACUGGAGGUGUGAAGCGGUCGUUUGACGGUAGCGGAGGUCAAAUUUCUGCCAUUGAGCUUCGUCCCGUCAACGGAGCCCCCAUUCCCGCCGAGGCGAUGGAGGAGGAAAUCAAGUUUGACCCGACUUUCACAUCGAACAACGGCAAGCCCUUGCGGAACAGCACUGUGGAUGCUCCGAACGGGGGUGAUGCAUUGGCGCCUGCCACCUCCGGCGAGAUUGCAGAAGGGCAGGCAUCGCCCGCACACGAGUCGCUCUUCGGUGGUAGUGACACUGGGUCUCUCUUCGGCGAUAAUGUACCGGGCAACUAUGGUGCUGAUGGUGAUGAUGACGACGAAUUUUCAAGGGCCAUGGGUGACAUGGGAAUGCCGCCUCUUCACGAUGGCUCAGGACAGGAUGGGGGAAUGGACCAUUCUGCCGACAUCGACAUGACGAAUGCAUUCAACGCUGACUCGGCCUCGGCACCGGCGGUUCAAGCUCCGGGAAGCGUCAGCCCAGACGCUUCAAGACACCAGCCUUUGGCAUCAGGUCCAGACACCGCGGCAACCGAUGGCCCCUUGGUCCAGGACGGUGCAACCGAUGCUGAAGCACAGCCUCCUGUCCCCGACGUCUCCGAGACCGCUCCGGUGCCCGAUACGCAGGCGGAUGAACCAGCACCCGGGUCGCCGUCUAUGGUAUUCGUGUCGGAGCCCGCCGUCCCAGCCAUGGACCCCACCCAGUCGGCCGACACGAUCUUCUUCUCCGCAGCCAUCGAUGGUACGAUCAGGCUGUGGGACCGUCGCGUGCAGGACCCUGUUGCUAGGAUAAGCAACCAGCGGGGUGUGCCCCCUUGGUGUAUGGGUGCCUGCUGGAGUCCAGAUGGCAACUGGAUCUAUGCUGGCAGGCGAAACGGAACAGUAGAAGAGUACAGCAUCCACAAAGCUAAGAGCGGCUGGGAGACGGAGCGGGUUCUUAAGUUCCCGGCCGGUAGUGGAGCAGUGAGCGCAGUGCGAGCCAUGCCGAAUGGUCGACAUCUGGUCUGUGCCUCGCAUGACAUUCUUCGGCUGUACGACCUCAAAGACACGCGGGCCUUCAAGCACUCGACGGUCCCCUUCCUGAUUAUUCCUGGCCCCCCACGUGCCGGUGUCAUUUCGUCUCUCUACAUUGACCGCACAUGUCGCUUUAUGCUCUCAGCUGCCGGAACACGUGGUUGGGAAGGCACAAGCACCGAAGUCCUUAUAGGUUAUGAAAUCGGCGUUACCGAAGAGAAGUCAUGA